AUGCUGGUAGCCUGGAACUGGGUUUGUUACAAAACCUAUGUGACCCCGCGGAGACCCUUCGAGAAAUCUCGCCUCGACCAAGAGCUGAAGCUGAUCGGCGAGUAUGGGCUCUGGAAGGAACGCGAGGUGUGGAGAGUCAAAUUUACUCUGGCCAAGAUCUGCAAGGCUGCCCGCCAGCUGCUGACGCUGGAUGAGAAGGACCUGGGACGUCUGUUCCAAGGCAAUGCUCCUAGGCGCCUCGUGCGCAUCGGGGUGCUGGAUGAGGGCAAGGUGAAGCUGGAUUACAUCCUGGGCCUGAAGAUCAAGGAUUUCUUAGAGAGGCGCCUGCAGACUCGUGUCUUCGAGCUGGGCCUGGCCAAAUCCAUCCACCAUGCCCAGGUGCUGAUUUGCCAGUGA